GGGAAUGUUUUGAGGGGAGCGAAUGUUUUGAGUUGCAGAGCGCGUGAUCGCCGUGCGUGCGCGCACGCCGUAGGGCGACGCAGACUUCUUCCUUCGGGGGAGCCCACGCUGUGCCAACUUGCAGCUCUUGAGCCGGAAGAGGGAAGGCUUGCGUCCACAGGCUGGUGCGUGAUCCGCGCACGCGGGAAAAGGAGAAGCGACCUCAGUUUGCAUUGGCAGACAAAAUGCAACGGUGAGAAUGUAUGUUCUGAAAUCUUAAACCAUGAGUCUGGCACUUAACGAUCUGCUCAUUUGCUGCCGGCAAUUAGAACAUGACAGAGCUACAGAAAGAAGGAAAGAAGUGGAGAGAUUUAAGCGUCUGAUUCAGGACCCUGAAACAGUUCAACAUCUAGAUAGGCAUUCAGAUUCAAAACAACAAAAAUAUUUGAAUUGGGAUGCUGUUUUCAGGUUUCUGCAGAAUUACAUUAAAAAAGAAACAGAAUGUAUGAGAACAGCAAAAUCAAAUGUAUCAGCCUCCACACAAACCUCCAGACAGAAGAAGAUGCAAGAGAUAAGCAGUUUGGUCAGAUACUUCAUCAAAUGUGCAAAUAAGAGAGCACCCAGGCUAAAAUGUCAAGACCUCUUGAAUUAUGUCAUGGAUACAGUGAAAGACUCAUCUAAUGGUGUAACUUAUGGAGCUGAUUGUAGCAACAUACUACUCAAAGAUAUUCUUUCUGUGAGAAAAUACUGGUGUGAAAUAUCUCAACAACAGUGGCUAGAAUUGUUCUCUGUGUACUUCAGGCUGUAUCUCAAACCACCACAAGACAUCAAUAGAGUUUUAGUGGCUAGAAUAAUUCAUGCUGUUACUGGAGGAUGCUGUUCACAGACUGAUGGAUUACCUUCAAAGUUUUUAGAUUUUUUUUCCAAGGCUGUUCAGUAUGCAAGACAAGAAAAGAGCUCUCCUGGCUUAAGUCAUAUCUUAGCAGCCCUUAUCAUUUUCCUCAAGACUUUGGCUGUCAACUCCCGAAAACGGGUGUGUGAAGUAGGAGAUGAAAUUCUUCCUACCUUGCUGUGUAUUUGGACUCAACACAGACUUAACGAUUCUUUAAAAGAAGUAAUCAUUGAACUAAUUCAACUGCAAAUUUAUAUCCAUCAUCCACAAGGAGCUAAAACCCCUGAAAAAGGUGCUUAUGAAUCAACAAAAUGGAAAAGUAUCUUGUACAACUUAUAUGACCUGCUGGUGAAUGAGAUUAGUCAUAUAGGAAGUAGAGGGAAAUACUCUUCAGGAUCUCGUAAUAUUGCUGUCAAGGAAAAUUUGAUUGACUUAAUGGCAGAUAUCUGUCACCAGCUUUUUAAUGCAGAUACCAGAUCUGUGGAGAUUUCUCAGUCUUUUACUACACAAAGAGAAUCUACUGAUUACAGUCUGCCUUGCAAAAAAAGGAAGAUAGAAGUAGGCUGGGAAGUGAUAAAAGAUCAUCUUCAGAAGUCACAGAAUGAUUUUGAUCUUGUGCCAUGGCUACAGAUUACAACCCAAUUAAUAUCAAAGUAUCCGUCCAGUUUACCUAACUGUGAGCUGUCUCCAUUACUACUGAUACUAUACCAGCUUCUACCUCAGCAGCGGCGUGGAGAACGCACACCAUAUGUGUUACGAUGCCUUAUGGAAAUUGCCUUAUGUCAAGGCAAGAAAUCAAACCUAGAAAGCUCUCAAAAGUCAGACUUACUGAAACUGUGGAUUAAAAUUUGGUCUAUUGCCUUUCGUGGUAUUAGUUCUGAACAUACACAAACUGAAAACUUUGGUUUACUUGGGGCCAUUAUUCAAGGCAGUUUAAUUGAAUUUGACAGAGAAUUCUGGAAGUUAUUUACUGGCUCAGCCUGUAAACCUUCAAGUUCUUCGGUAUGCUGUUUGACUUUGGCACUUAACAUCUGUGUAGUUCCAGAUACAAUGAAAAUGGGAACAGAGCAAAGUAUGUGUGAACUAAAUAGAAGUUUCUCUAUAAAGGAGUCAAUAAUAAGAUGGCUCUUAUUCUACCAGUUAGAGGAUGACUUAGAAGUCAGCAUAGAAUCACCCCCGAUUCUUCAGAGUAAUUUUCCUCAUCUUGUACUGGAGAAAAUUCUUGUAAGUCUCACUAUGAAAAACUCUAGAGCUGCAAUGAAGUUUUUUCAAAGUGUGCCAGAUUGUGAACAACACUGCCAAGAUAAAGAAGAGCCUUCAUUUUCAGAAGUAGAAGAACUAUUUCUUCAGACAACUUUUGACAAGAUGGAUUUUUUAACCACCGUGAAAGAAUGUGCCGUAGAAAAAUUUCAAUCUUCUGUUGGCUUUUCUGUCCAUCAAAAUCUCAAGGAAUCAUUGGAUCAUUACCUUCUGGAAUUAUCAGAACAGCUUCUAAAUAAUUAUUCUUCUGAGGUUACAAGUCCAGAAAUACUUGUCCGGUGUUCAAGUCUUUUGGUGGGCGUUCUUGGCUGCUAUUGUUUUGUGGGUAUAAUAAUGGAAGAAGAAGCAUAUAAAUCAGAAUUGUUCCAGAAAGCCAAGUCUCUAAUGCAAUGUGCAGGAGAAAGUAUCUCUCUAUUUAAAAAUAAGACAAAUGAGGACUCUAGAAUUGGUUCAUUGAGAAAUGUGAUACAUCUGUGUACAAGUUGCUUAUGUAGACAUAUCAAGCAUAAUCCACACAAGAUGGUAUCCAGUUUUUUCCUACGAUUGUUAACAUCAAAGCUUAUGAAUGACAUUGCAGAUAUUUGUAGAAGUUUAACAUCCUGUAUGAAAAAGCCAUUUGAUUAUGGAAAAGUCCACUCAGUCAACGAUGAUGCUGAUGAAAAUCUGAUGGAGGCACAGGAUUCAUCAUCUACAAGUCUGUUUAGUGAUUACCCUGCUAGUUCUUUGAGUGAUGCAAAUGAUUCUGGAGAGAACCAGAGUACUGUUGGUGCCAUGAAUCCUUUAACUGCCGACCACUUGUCAAAGCAAGAUCAUCUUCUUUUAGACAUGCUCAGGUUCUUGUGCCUAUGUGUAACUGCAUCUCAGAACAACACUGUGUCUUUUAGAGCAGCUGAUAUUAGAAGAAAGUUGUUAAUGCUACUUGAUUCUAGCACACUAGAUCUUACUAAAUCCCUCCACCUACAUAUGUAUUUAGUGCUUCUGAAAGAUCUCCCUGGAAAAGAACAUUUGUUGCCAAUGGAAGAUGUCGAUGAACUUCUAAAACCAUUAUCCCUUGUAUGUUCUCUGUAUCGUCGUGAUCAAGAUGUUUGCAAAACAAUUUUAAGCCAUGUCCUUCAUAUAGUGACAAACCUAAGUCAGGGCAGUGUGGACACUGAGAGCACAAGGAAUGCCCAAGGACAGUUCCUGACAGUGAUUGGAGCAUUUUGGCAUCUAACAAAGGAGAAGAAAUGUAUAUUCUCUGUAAGAAUGGCAUUAGUGAAGUGUCUUCAAACUCUACUUGAGGCCGACCCAUAUUCCAAAUGGGCGAUUCUUAAUGUAAAGGGCCAAGACUUUCCUGUAAAUGAAGUGUUUCCACAGUUUCUUGCUGAUGAUCAUCACCAAGUUCGGAUGUUGGCUGCAGGGUCAAUUAAUAGAUUAUUCCAGGAUGUGAAACAUGGAGAUUCCUCCAGAUGCUUGAAAGCACUACCUUUGAAGUUUCAGCAAACAGCUUUUAAAAAUGCUUAUAUGAAAGCAGAGGCAGCAAUAAGAGAAGUGUCAUGUGAUACUCAGAACCCUGAUCUUCUGGAUGAGAUUCAUAAUAGAAAAUCUGUUUUACUGAUGGUGAUCGCUGUGAUCUUGCACUGUAGCCCUGUCUGUGAAAAACAGGCUCUGUUUGCCUUAUGCAAAUCUGUGAAGGAAAAUGGAUUAGAACCUCAUCUUGUAAAAAAGGUUUUAGAGAAAGUUUCUGAAUCUUUUGGGUGUAGAUGUUUAGAAGACUUCAUGGCUUCUCAUCUAGAUUACCUGGUUUUGGAGUGGCUGAACCUUCAAGAUACUGGAUACAACUUUUCUUCCUUUCCCUUUAUUUUAUUAAACUACACAAGUGUUGAGGAUUUCUAUAGGUCUUGUUACAAGGUUUUGAUUCCACAUUUGGUGAUUAGAAGUCAAUUUGAUGAGGUGAAGUCCAUUGCUAAUCAGAUUCAAAAGUGUUGGAAAAGUCUGUUGAUAGACUGCUUUCCAAAGAUUCUUGUACAUAUUCUUCCUUACUUCGCCUAUGAGGGCACAGAGGACAGCAGCAUAACACAGAAGAGAGAGACUGCUACCAUGGUCUAUGAUACACUUAAAGGUGAAGACUUACUAGGAAAACAGAUUGAUCAAGUAUUCAUUAGUAAUUUACCAGAGAUUGUGGUGGAAUUAUUGAUGACAUUACAUGAAACAGCUGAUUCUGAUGCCAGUCAAAGCACUGACCUUGGUGACUUCUCAGGGGAUUUGGAUCCUGCUCCUAAUCCACCAUACUUUCCAUCACAUGUUAUUAAAGCAACAUUUGCCUAUAUCAGUAACUGCCAUAAAACCAAGUUCAAAAGCAUUUUAGAAAUUCUUUCUAAAAUCCCUGAUUCCUAUCAGAAAAUUCUUCUGGCCAUUUGUGAACAAGCAGCUGAGACAAAUAAUGUCUAUAAAAAGCAUAGAAUUCUUAAAAUAUAUCAUCUGUUUGUCAGUUUAUUACUGAAAGAUAUAAAAAGUAGCUUGGGAGGAGCUUGGGCCUUUGUCCUUCGAGAUGUUAUUUAUACUUUGAUACACUAUAUCAACAAAAGGCCUUCUCAUUUCACAGAUGUAUCAUUGCGGAGCUUUUCCCUUUGUUGUGAUUUGUUAAGUCGAGUGUGCCAUACAGCUGUAACUCACUGUAAGGAUGCUCUAGAAAACCAUCUUCAUGUUAUUGUUGGCACACUUAUACCACUUGUGGAUUAUCAGGAGGUUCAAGAACAGGUAUUGGACCUGUUGAAGUACUUGGUGAUAGAGAACAAGGACAAUGAAAAUCUCUUUGUCAUGAUUAAACUUUUGGAUCCUUUUCCUGACCAUGUUGCCUUUAAGAAUUUGCGGCUUACUCAACAGAAAAUCAAAUAUAGUGGAGGACCGUUUUCACUUUUAGAGGAAAUUAACCAUUUUCUUUCAGUAAGUGCUUAUAAUCCACUUCCACUGACUAGGCUUGAAGGAUUGAAGGAUCUUCGAAGACAACUGGAACAACAUAAAGAUCAGAUGCUAGAGCUUAUGAGAGCAUCUCAGGAUAACCCACAGGAUGGCAUUGUGGUGAAGCUGGUUGUCAGCUUAUUGCAGUUAUCCAAGAUGGCAGUGAACCAGACUGGUGAAAGAGAAGUUUUAGAGGCUGUUGGAAGGUGUUUGGGAGAAAUAGGUCCUCUGGAUUUCUCUACUAUAGCUGUACAGCAUAAUAAAGAUACGUCUUACACCGAAUCUCAUGGGUUUCCCGAAGAUAAAGAGCUUCAGUGGACCUUGAUAAUGCUGACCACCCUGAACAAUACACUGGUAGAAGACAGUGUCAAAGUUCGAUCAGCUGCUGCUACCUGUUUGAAAAACAUUUUGGCUACAAAAACUGGACACAGUUUCUGGGAGACUUAUAAGAUGUCCGAGGAUCCUAUGCUGACCUAUCUACAGCCUUUUAGAACAUCAAGGAAAAAGUUUUUAGAAGUACCCCGAUUUGUUAAAGAAGAUGCUUUAGAAGGCCUAGAUGAUGUGAAUCUGUGGGUUCCUCAAAGUGAAAGUCAUGCCACUUGGAUAAAGGCACUGACGUGUGCCUUUUUGGACAGUGGAGGCAUAAAAAGUGAAGUUCUUCAGUUGUUAAAGCCAAUGUGUGAGGUGAAACCUGACUUCUGUCAGACUGUGCUGCCGUACUUGAUCCAUGAUGUCCUACUCCAAGAUGCACACGAAUCAUGGAGAGCUCUGCUGUCCACACAUGUCCGAGGAUUUUUCACUAGCUGUUUUAAACACAUUUCACAGGCAAGCCGAUCAGCAACUCCUGCAAAUUCAGAUUCAGAGCCAGAGCACUUCCUUCGAUGCUGUUUGGAUAAGAAAUCACAAAGAACAAUGCUUGCUGUUGUCGACUAUAUGAGAAGGCAGAAGAGGCCUUCUUCAGGAACAGCUUUUGAUGAUGCUUUCUGGCUGGAUUUGAACUAUUUGGAGGUUGCAAAGGUGGCUCAGUCUUGUGCUGCUCACUUCACAGCAUUGCUCUAUGUAGAGAUCUAUUCAGAUAAGAAAAGUAUGGAUGAGCAAGAGAAAAGAAGUCCAACAUUUGAAGAAGGAAGUCAAGGUACAACUAUUUCUAGUUUGAGUGAAAAAAGUAAAGAAGAAACUGGAAUAAGCUUACAGGAUCUUCUCUUAGAGAUCUACAGAAGCAUAGGAGAGCCAGACAGCUUGUAUGGCUGUGGUGGAGGGAAAAUGUUACAACCUCUUACUAGAAUACGGACUUACGAACAUGAAGCAAUGUGGGGGAAAGCCUUAGUAACAUAUGACCUGGAGACCACAAUCUCCUCCUCAACCCGCCAGUCGGGAAUAAUUCAGGCCUUGCAGAAUUUGGGGCUCUCCCAUAUUCUUUCCAUCUAUUUAAAAGGAUUAGAUCAUGAAAAUAGAGAGUGGUGUGCUGAACUGCAGGAACUUUAUUAUCAAGCAGCAUGGAGGAAUAUGCAGUGGGACCUUUGCAGUUCUGCCAACCAAGAACUAGAAGGAGCCAGUUACCAUGAAUCAUUGUAUAAUGCUCUGCAGUCUCUAAGAAACAAUGAAUUCUCCACGUUUUAUGAGAGUCUCAGAUAUGCCAGAGUGAAAGAAGUUGAGGAGUUGUGUAAGGGCAACCUUGAAUCUGUAUACUCUCUGUAUCCCACACUUAGUAGAUUACAGGCACUGGGAGAACUGGAAAACAUGGGGGAGCUUUUCUCAAGGUCAGUCACAGAUAGAGAUCGUUCUGAAGUGUACUUGAAGUGGCAAAAACACUCCCAGCUUUUGAAGGACAGUGACUUUAGUUUUCAGGAGCCACUCAUGGCUCUACGCACAGUCAUUCUGGAGAUCCUGGUGCAAAAGGAAAUGGAGAACUCCCAAGGAGGAUUCUCUAAGGACAUACUCACCAAACACCUUGUAGAAUUCUCUACUCUAGCCCGAACCUUCAAGAACACCCAGCUCCCUGAGAAAGCAAUAUUUAAAAUUAAACAAUAUAAUCCAGCUAUUUGUGGAGUCUCUGAGUGGCAUUUGGAAGAAGCACAAGUGUUCUGGGCGAAAAAGGAACAGAGUCUUGCCCUGAAUAUUCUCAAGCAAAUGAUCAAGAAGUUGGACUCCAGCUUUAAAGAGAAUGAUGCAGGUCAAAAUGUCAUGUAUGCAGAGUGUCUGAGGGUGUGUGGCAACUGGCUGGCGGAAACUUGCUUAGAAAAUCCUGCAGUCAUCAUGCAGACUUACCUAGAAAAGGCAGUGAAAGUUGCUGGAACUUACGAUGACAAAAGCAGUGAGCUCAGAAAUGGACAGAUGAAGGCAUUUCUCUCAUUAGCGCGGUUCUCCGAUACUCAGUACCAGAGAAUUGAAAACUACAUGAAGUCAUCAGAAUUUGAAAACAAGCAAGCUCUCUUAAAGAGAGCCAAAGAAGAAGUGGGCCUUCUAAGAGAACAUAAAAUUCAGACUAACAGAUACACGGUAAAGGUUCAGAGAGAACUGGAGCUAGAUGAAUGUGCUCUCCGGGCAUUGAAAGAGGAUCGUAAACGCUUCCUGUGUAAAGCAGUUGAGAACUACAUCAGCUGCUUGCUAAGUGGAGAAGAGCACGAUAUGUGGGUAUUCCGGCUUUGCUCCCUCUGGCUUGAAAAUUCUGGAGUUCCUGAAGUUAAUGGAAUGAUGAAGAGAGAUGGAAUGAAGAUUUCAUCAUAUAAAUUUUUGCCUCUCAUGUAUCAAUUGGCUGCUAGAAUGGGGACCAAAAUGAUGGGAGGCCUAGGAUUUCAUGAAGUCCUGAAUAAUCUGAUCUCUAGGAUUUCAAUGGAUCACCCCCAUCAUACUCUGUUCAUUAUAUUGGCCUUAGCAAAUGCGAACAAAGAUGAACUUUUGAGCAAACCAGAGGCAGCAAGAAGGAGUAGAAUUACCAAAAAUGCACCCAAAGAAAGCUCCCAGCUUGAUGAGGAUCGAACAGAAGCUGCAACCAAAAUAAUCCAUACCAUCAGAAGGGAGAGAUGUAAGAUGGUGAAGGACAUGGAGGCUCUCUGUGAUGCCUACAUUAUAUUGGCAAACUUGGAUGCCUCUCAGUGGAGGAAUCAGAGAAAAGGCAUCAGUAUUCCAGCAAAUCAACCAAUCACUAAACUGAAGAAUUUAGAAAAUGUUGUUGUUCCCACUAUGGAAAUUAAGGUUGAUCCCACAGGAGAGUAUGAAAAUCUCGUGACUAUAAAAUCAUUUAAAACAGAAUUUCGCUUAGCAGGAGGUUUAAAUUUACCAAAAAUACUAGAUUGUGUGGGUUCUGACGGCAAGGAAAGGAGACAGCUCGUCAAGGGCCGUGAUGACCUGAGGCAAGAUGCUGUCAUGCAGCAGGUUUUCCAGAUGUGCAAUACACUCCUGCAGAGAAACACUGAGACUAGAAAGAGGAAACUGACUAUCUGCACAUACAAGGUGGUUCCCCUCUCUCAGAGAAGCGGUGUUCUUGAAUGGUGCACAGGAACCAUCCCUAUUGGUGAAUAUCUCAUCAACAACGAAGAAGGUGCCCAUAAAAGAUACAGGCCAAAUGAUUUCAGUGCCAUUCAGUGCCAAAAGAAAAUGAUGGAAGUGCAAAAGAAGUCUUUUGAAGAGAAAUAUGAUACCUUCAUGACUAUUUGCCAAAACUUUGAACCAGUUUUUCGUUACUUCUGCAUGGAAAAAUUCUUGGACCCAGCUGUUUGGUUUGAGAAACGAUUGGCAUAUACACGUAGUGUAGCCACAUCUUCUAUUGUUGGUUACAUCCUUGGACUGGGUGAUAGGCAUGUACAGAAUAUCUUGAUAAACGAGCAGUCAGCAGAACUGGUACACAUAGACUUGGGAGUGGCUUUUGAGCAGGGUAAAAUCCUUCCCACUCCAGAAACAGUUCCUUUUAGACUCAGCAGAGAUAUCGUGGAUGGCAUGGGCAUCACUGGUGUAGAAGGUGUCUUCAGAAGAUGCUGUGAGAAAACCAUGGAAGUUAUGCGCAGUUCUCAGGAAACUCUGCUAACCAUUGUAGAGGUCCUUUUGUACGAUCCACUCUUUGACUGGACUAUGAAUCCUUUAAAAGCUUUGUAUUUGCAGCAGAGGCCAGAAGAUGAGACUGACCUCCAUUCUACCCCCAAUGCAGAAGAUCAGGAAUGCAAACGAAGUCUUAGUGAUAUUGACCAGAGUUUCAACAAAGUAGCUGAACGUGUCUUGAUGCGGUUGCAAGAGAAACUGAAAGGCGUGGAAGAAGGCACUGUGCUCAGUGUGGGUGGACAGGUGAACUUGCUUAUCCAGCAGGCCAUGGAUCCCAAAAAUCUCAGCCGACUUUUCCCAGGAUGGAAAGCUUGGGUGUGACCUUCAGCACAGGAAUUACCCUUAAACUCAGACUUCAAAAAUUACAUCUCAGCCACCAUGUUUGGAUAGGAAUUAUUUAAGUUAAUAACUGCGUUUGAACCUGUUUUCUACUUGAUUCAUCACCACCCCAAAAUUGGUAUUUCUGCUCUGAUAUGUUAGAAGUAAUAGUUACUCAAGAUCUUCUCCUAGGAUAAAUGUUGACCCUUAAGAUCAUGCUUGUACUGUUUUCAGUAGGUCACCAAGGUACACAGUGCACUGCAAACAGCAGGAGCAGCAGGGUGAGCUUUUCUUUUGGUGUGCAUUAGGACAAGUUCAUAACUUCUGCUGAAGUCUUUAGUUAAAACAUGUUCCCAAGGGCUGGGUGUUGGUGGUGCACACCUUUAGCCCCAGCACUCAGGAGGCAGAGGCAGGCAGAUGUCUGUGAGUUUGAGACCAGCCUGGUCUAUACUGUGAGUUUCAGGACAGACUGCAAAGCAAUACAGAGCAACCCUGUCUCAGGAAAAAAAAAAAUGUUCCCAGACAGUCAUUGUGUGUGUGCAUACAUGUAUGUGCGCGUUCACAACAAAGUAUUUAAUGAUAUUGUGAAAAGGGUGGACAUUAAAAUUAUAAUUGUCAAUAUAUCAUGGGGAACUCACAUUAAAAUCAAUGUUGGGUUGGAAUGUAGCUCAGUGUAGAAAAAUGUGCCCAGCCUGUCUGAGGCUCCAAGUUCAAAACUAGAAUUGCAAAUUAAAGUGGGGGAAGCAUGUUGAAAGCAAAGUAGUAUAGGCUGAACAUCCUUAAUUCCCAAGCCCAAAACAUGGGAAUGUUCUGGUGCCCGAAACUUUCUGACAUAUUGGGUACAUUUCAGAGGUUCAGAUUAAGUGCGUAGCUAGUCUUAGCUUGUAGUCUGCACAAAUGCUUCACAAUCUGAAAAUGUCUAAAGUCAGAAGCAGCUCUCAUCCUCAGCAUUUUUAGGAGGGGACACUGACUAAUUUCAAGCCAGUCCUGGUGGCACACUCCUUUUAUACUAGCACUCAGGAGGCAGAGGCAGUCCAUCUCUGAAGUAGAGGCCAGCCUGAUCUACAGAGCAAGUUCCAGGAAAGCCAGGGCUACACAGAAACCCAAGUGAAGAACUUCAGUUGCAGGGUCACUCAGCAGUCCCAAGUGAUGGUGUGUAGAGAGGAAGAGUGUGGCUGGUGUAGCUAGUGGUGUUUAAGUGAGCUCUGUGCUCUUUCUUUCAGGCCCUUUGGUAUUCACCAUUGCGUAUUUUUCUCUUAUGUUUCUCCUAGUUCAUGAAUUCUCCUGUUAACCUGUUCAUUGGAUUCUUUCAAAAAUUAGCUUUCAGGCUUGACAAAAUGGCUCAGUGGGUAAAAGUGCUUGCUGUGCAAGGCUGAUGACCUGAGUUCCAUCCCCAGAACCCAUGUAAAGGUGGAAGGGCAGAGUCAACAAAGCUGUUCUCUGCCUCCACAUGCUUGCCAUGGCACAUGCAUGUCCACACACACAUACAACAGUAAAGUUUAAUCUUUUUAGAUUUCAUUUUCAUCUGUGUGCCCUGGAGCUAACAGAUCUACCUAUUUCUGACUCCCAAGUGUUGGGAUUAAAGGUGUACACCAACACAUUCAGCUUAAUUAACUUUUCAAGUCCUUUCCUGUCACCAUCUUAAACAUUUCAUUCUGUGAUCCUUCUGAUAGUUUUAUUAAGUCAAGUGCUGGGUGUUUGUAUUAUUGAUUUUUGGGUUUAGUGGCCCAAUUUUGUCAUUUUGAAAGGUGAACUCAUUUUUAGCCCCCUUCUCACACACACACUAUGUGUGUGAGAAUUCUGGGUAGCCUACGUGAAGAAUGAUUCUUUAAGAUAGCUUGCUUAUUUUUCUCAUCCCCAGGGACAUCACAGACAUUUUCUGGCUCCAGGGCUUUAGAUCUCAGGAGUAGUGUAGAUUUCUGAGAUCAGAAGUGUCUCUUAGGCCACGGUUACCUGCUUUCUGUCAUCUCUGUGCUUACAGGCAGAGUGUUUUACUGGUGCCCUUCUCAGUGAAGGCUAAGCCUGCAUGUGUCUCACCAUGGUGGCAGGGUGAAGGGAGGUGCACUUAAUGCCUCUCCCUUGCUGUUUGCAAGCCUAAGAUUCUUUAGUCUACAUGUAUACAUGCACACACACACACACACACACACACACAUAUAUAUACAUGUAUACUCUCAUACAUACAUACAUGGAUAUACAUAUAUACAUGGAUACACAUAUGGGUGUUUAUAUAUAUAUACAUACAUGCAAACUCUUAGGAAAAUUAUUUUGCAUUUUAACUUUCCUUCUUAGUGUCUUUUGUCAGAGUUGCUUAUGGAUAUUUGGUAUCUACUGAUGUAGUAAAUCAAGAGAAUGUAUUGAACUUAGAAUGUCUUUAAGAAAGUGUUGACCUCUUCAUAGAUAGAGGAUGAUAUUAGCUGAUAAUGGCUAGCUAAAUGAAUUUGGAAUAUGCUUCUGUAGUUAAAUCACUGAAGAAGUUGUAAUUAUAUAAUUGAUCCAUUCUUCACCUUGAAUUAUAUGCCACAAACAUAUGCAAUUCAGAUUUUACCAAUGGCUUUGAAAAGUCUGUAUUUGAAAAGUUAGGUUUUUCAGUUUAACCUAGAAGCAGCUAAUUGAAAUGUGAAAAAGAUUAAGUUAGAAAAUAUUUUUGACAUGCUUGAGUAAGAUGGGCAGUUACCAAGAGCCAAUGAGGUUAGAUUUACAGGUAUUAAAAAUCAGGUACCUGAUGUGUCUAUCAGCGACACCACUGAUUCUUAUAACAAAACCUGGUGCCAGGCAGUGGUGGCACUCACCUUUAAUCCCAGCACUUGGGAGGCAGAGGCAGGUAGAUCUCUGAGUUAGAGGCCUGCUUGUUCUAAAAAGUAAGUUUCAGGAUAGCUAGAGUUGUUACACAGAAAAACCCUGUCUUGAAAAAACAAAAAACAAAACAAACUUGUAAUAUUGGUGAUGGAAAAGUGAAGGUUGAAGAAAGGUUAUUUGUCUAAGGCCAGAAGACAUUCCACACAAGUAUCAUAUAAACAAUCUCUUCAGUUGAAGAUCUUUUAGUAAAAGAAUGUGGCAUGUAAGUCAGUGAAAAGCAAAUAGAGAAGCUGCUAGAAAAGGAAGUUAGACAGCUAAUGUGUCUAGAGUAAGAGAGGCAAUAGCCCUUUUUCCAACCCUGUGCUCUUAUACCACCUCAAAAUGCUUCCAAAUCAGCCCCAAAUCUAAGGUCAUCAUAGUUUUCACUUAAAACGGGAAAAGAUUGUGCACCUAGAAAUCUAUCACAAAUUUAAAUAUGUUGUAAAAGGAACAAAAGCAAAAAGGCAGAACUUUGCACACCUUAAUGUUUAUAAUAACCAUCUUUUUAAGAAGGCCAGUAUGAAAUAGAGAAAAGUGCCAUUUCAAGUGUUUUAGUUGCACCUUAAAGCAAUCACUUAUUUUAUAUAGAUUUGUUUAGCACUACUAAAUGUAAUUCUGUUACAUUGUUACCUGAAUGUUAUAAUUUUUUAAAUAAAAAACUAUACAAGUUUAUAUUAACUAAACAAGUGUAUGUCCAUUUUAUGAAACAUUUGAGUGUUGUAUGUACCAGGCACAGGACUAGUUCCUAGGGAGAUAACAGUAAACAGGAAAAUCAGCACUUAGUUCAUGUAAGAGGGGUCCAAUCUGUGUCUUUACAGGAAGGCAAUUUACCAGUGUUCUAGGCUUUGACUUAGAAAGUGAUCUAAAUAUUCUAAAUGUGAUGUUUCAUUUUAUCAUAUUGUUUUAAAAUGAAUUCAUACUCUUGAGAGUUUCAUGUUCCUCUGUGUAGCUUCUGGCAAAAUGAAUUUUGUAUAGAGUGUAGUAAAAGUGUUCAGGAAGAUUGGGUCCAGAAUUGGUAAAGAUCUCAUAUAAUAGAGUUAUUCCUUGGAAUAAAAGUCCCAUACUUUGCUCUAACAGGAUGCGUGGUUUUAUAUACAGCAGGAAUAAGAGUGUACACUUAGUAGUAUAUUGUUCAAAAGCAGAAGUUCUAAACCAAGGAGCUUUUACCUUAUAUUUUCAAACUAAAAAGUAGUUUAUCCUGUUAGAUACAAAAUGGCAUUGUCUGCAUUUGUUAACAGCUGAAGACACAAAGCUUUUCAUGUUUGGCAUGGUUCCUCUCUGCUGAAUAGCAGAGCAGGCAUAUUCUUGCUCCUGUCUUGGCUGCACGACAUCUUUGCUAACCUCUUUCCCCUCUUUGCUUAUCAUUCAUUGUCAUCACUGGUUUCGCUGAUGGUUACAUCUUUCCUAUAAGGACUUUCAUUGCUAGACCUUCAUUAAUGUUACUCAGUUCUUAGUUUUUGUUAUGGAUAUAUACUUCUCUUUCAUUUCUUGCUAGGCACUUUCAUGAUUUUCAUAGGGUACCUCUUAAGUCUCUUACUAUUAUUGGGAUUUAAGUUACUUACUCUCCACCAAAAUUUUAUCCAGUGACUAAGGUAAAAAGUCUUACUCUUUCUAGAAACAUAUAUUGGUUCUUUUAGUCCAGUGGUUCUCAACCUUCCUAAUACAGUUCUCCUGUAGUUGUGGUCACCAACCAUAAAAUUAUUUUCAUUGCUACUUCACAACUGUUAAUUUUCCUAGUUAUGAAUUGUAUUUUCCAGUGACUCCUGUGAAAGGCUCAUUCAAUCCCCACCAAAGGGGUCACAACCCACAGGUUGAGAACCACUGUUUUAAGUGCUCACAUCCGCUCUGAGUAAUUAUUUUUUAUUCCCAGAUCUAAUAGUUUUGUUACUUUAUUUUCCUUUACUUUUUUUAGCUGCAGCUUCUGCUUGGUGCAGUAAUAACAGAAGACAGAAGCAGUCAUGUUUGAACAGUCCUAUGGCUCAUGGCUAAUGCUCAAAUGUGAGAGUUUUCUCGUUUUCUGUUUCCUGCAGGGUUUUUAAUGAGGCAUCUGUGUCACUUUUCUUGUUAAAGAAAUUCCCUUUCAUCCCUGGGCUGCUCUGAAGUUUUGAGUGUGUCACACAUGCUUAUAAGGCAAUCUCCAGGACAAGGAGUUACAAGAGGUUAAAAUGUAACCUGCUGGCCGUGAUUGCGCACAUCUUUAAUUCCAGCACUCUGGAGACAGGUAAGGUAGGGCAGGUGACAUAGUAAGACCUUGUCUCAAAAUAGAAUAAUGGGGCCUUUUAAAAACAAAUCCAUCUGUAAGUGUAAUUAUCCAGAUUUUUAGAGGUCUUUUCAAGAAACUACUGACUUGCCAAUUUUCCUGUAGGGAGAAAUGCCACAUUCUAAACUUUUCUAGCAGGAUGUGUCAUUAAACCAUUUAUAAACAAAGAUUAUGGUAAUGGACAUUGGACACCAUAAAAGCCAGGGGAAGUAGCUGCUUAUCCCUGUUUAGGGCCAAGCUGCUGCAAAGCCUGAUUCUGCAGCAGAUAAUUUGUGUCUGUGGUAGAAGUACUACUAGUGUACUCCCAGUAACCACUCACCUGGCCUUAAGUUCUUGUCAGGGUUCAGUGAAAGCACUUUGCUUUUUACAUACUUAACUGGAAUGAACUGAAAAAAGUACAUUAUUUGGAAACAUUUAAGCAAAAUAUGUGGCUCUUCUGUUACUUUCACCAUUUCAAACCACGGUAUGUUCAUCCCACACUACACAUAGAAUCUGAGAAAAAUAACUGGCAGCACAGGCGCUUGUCUAUGCCAGUAUCUCCUCAGAUAUUGAUGACAAAGACAUCUCUGAAGUUUCCCUAUUGUCAUCUGCUGCUUCCUCUGGUCUCUUUUCUCAUAUUCUGUCAAUAACUGACACCUUGAUUUUUCCUGUCCCCUUUAUCUCCCUCUAAUAUCUUCCUUUUCCUUGUCACUCUUACAAUUUUUCUCUUUGCCCAUGCAGUAUUCACUUUUCUUAUAGCUGAAUGUAUAUUGAACAUUUUAACAGCUUUGCUGAGGUGUAAUUUGUUGGGUCUACAAUUCACUCAUGUAAAGUAUAUAGUUUGGAGGUGGUUAGUAUAUUCAGAGUUGUGCGUUCUUCACCACAAUCAAUUUUCAGAUAUUAUCAUUACAUCCAGGAGACACUCAACAUCUCUUAGCUAUGACCUCUCUGUAAUCCCAAUUCCACAGCCUCAGGUGACCACUACUAAUAUACGUUGUCUCUAAAUUUAUUUAUUCUGCAUAUAUCAUAUACAGGAAUCAUUUGUAAUUAAGCUGCCAUCACUUGACAAUUUCAUUGACAUCAUGGCAAAUACCAGAAUUUUUCUGUUCAAUUGCUGAGUAAUACUAUGUUGUGUGGCCAUACUAAGUUUUACUUGCCUGCCUAAUCAUCAGCUGAUGGACACUGAGGUUACUUCUAAUUUUUUCCUCAUUAUAAAAUGUCAGUGAAUGUUUGGGCUGGUUUUCAUGUGGUCAUAUAUUUUCAUUUUUCUUUGUAUACACUUUGGAGUGGAAUUGCUGGAUUAUAUAGCAAUACUUGAGAAAUUACCAGGCAUUUCACAGAGUGGCAGAACUACUGCACAUUCCUUCCAACCGUGUAUAAAGGGUCCAUUCUCAGCACUCUUGCCAUCACUUGUUACUAGCCAUGCUGGUCAUUUGAAGUACCCACACAAAAUUUUAAAAAUACCUUUGAAUAGCCAUUUGCUACUGAUGCCGUUUCUUAAUAUCUAAAAAAAGUGGACCAUAUAGGUUGAGCCUAUUGCUUUACAUAAUAUAAGUAAAUUGCUUUAAUAUUUUUAGCAUCCAGACAAAUCUUGGCCCUGCCUCUUGGGGCACAUGGCAAUCAGUACCCUGUCUUUAUGUAGGCACAAAGGGUCCCUUUAAGAGACAAGCUCCCUCCAGGGAGCACCUCUUCCAGACCCCUGUCCCUGAAAAAUUCCUUUCCUAGACCUGAGUGUUCACUCACUGUCCAGACAUUAGGUGGGAAGAGUUAAUGCCAUUUCCAGCUACAAUGGGGACUCAGGCUUCUUGAAGUUUCAGGGAGAACACCCAAGACCUGGCUCUGGUCAGUAUCACCCAGAGUUAAACAUUUGAGGUGUUAAUGUAUCAUGUCUGCAGCAUGACCAUGCAGAAUCCAGAAUCUCCCUGGAUGUGGGGGCGGGAAUUGAAUCAGUGUUCUGUUAGAUUGAACCAACUCCCAGGGUCAAUCUUUAAUCCUAAUGUUUAAUGUCAUUUUUUAUCCUAAUUUUCAGUUGGCAAUUUUGGUUUGCACUUUGAACAUCAAUAAAGUCUUGUUCUCGCAGGGGGGGGGGGUUGGAGAGACAAGCUCCAUCUACUCCCACUCUUGCUGUUCCUCUGAAGAGGCAGACAGGUUCUGUGUGUGUGUGUGUGUGUGUGUGUGUGUGUGUGUGUGUGUGUGUGUGUGUGUGUGUUUCUCUCUCCCUUCACUUCCCUUACUCUUUCCCUUCCCCCAGCAAAACUUCCCGUGUAACUUUUGUCUUCAUGGCAUGCUUGUUGCAUGUCCUUCACCUGCCAAGGUCUAGUCUCGUGCCCUAUCACAACAUAUAUGAAUAUUUAAAUAAAAUAAAGUUAAUUCUUUGCAUAAUUAA